CCUGAAGGAAGCUCAUUUCAGACGCCAAGGACCGGCAUAUUUCCUCGAGCCCACAUGCAUUCCCUGGUUAAAUCGUCUCUGUUGCCCUUAAAAACAUCACCUGCAUCUGACCUUGGAAGCAAUUUAGGAUCACCUUUUAAUACCUCCCUUUUGGGUCAUAAGCCUGGACUGUUGGAGUUAAACUCUCCUUGGCACGGAUCUGUCCAAAGUCCCCAUAUUAUGAGAAGAGGACCAAAACUAUGGACAUCAAGUUCAGAUCUGCAAUUGACAGGCUAUCCUGAUGAACCUCGCCCAGUGAUGGUGGUUGCAAAAGAUGCUAAGGAAACAGCACAGCCAGGUUGUUUCUAUAUAUGGUUGCAGAACAAGAAAGAGCAGAUCAAAAAUUUCCUGUCAAAACGAGUCCUGAUAAUGUAUUUUUUCAACAAGCACCCUGAAGCAUCAAUCCAAGCAUUGUUUUCAGAUACCCAAAUGCAUAUUUGGGCUUUGGAAGGUUUAUCGCAUCUUGUAGCAGCCUCAUUUACUGAAGAUAGAUAUGGUGUUGUUCAGACGACACUGCCAGCAAUUCUGAAUUCCUUGCUAACUCUUCAAGAGGUUAUAGACAAACACUUCAAACUUCCUCAUGUGUCCAGCAAACCUCCAAAAAGUCCAGGAAAUCUUGCAGACACUUCCUACAAGACCCUUCGAUUUGCUUUGAGAUCAUCAUUAAAAACUGCAAUCUAUCGGAUAACCACCACCUUUGGAGAACAUUUAAA